AUGGUUCUGGAAUCUGGAGAAAUUCCGGAAAACGGUCCUUCUGCUCCCGCCGAUUACGACGCCUCGUUGGAAUGGCCGGCGGACGAGUCAGCAUCCGGCUCGUUGUCCACCCCCGCCGAAACCGUGGCCACCAAGCCCGAUUAUCCUGUCUUUCGACUGAUCGUUUCGCGCACCGCCGUUCUGCCCAGAAAGCAAAGUCUCGUCAUCUCCGAUGGAUACAACGAGUUGCAGUUUGGGAGGGAUGUUGCGCCAUCCCAGGAUACCCCGCGCGUGCGACUCAAGGAAAUGGAGGUGUCUAAACUGCAUGCGACUGCAUAUAUGGACAAUCAUGCGUGGCAUCUUGUCGACAUGGGUUCCAAACACGGCACUUUUCUCCAAUCCUCCUCGGCAGCCAGUGCCGCUCGUUUAUCCCCUCCUCGAGUUGCCAGUGUCCCGCGCAGACUCCACCAUUUGGACACCAUCUCCAUUGGGAGCACGACGUUCAUCGUGCACCUCCACGCAGGAAGCCGUCCGUGCGAUCUAUGCUGCUCGUGCAAUAAUGAAGUGGCCCUAUUCCAAACUGUUCGCCCUAGAACGGCGACGGAACCGAGCAUCUCGACUCGUACUGUGGAUUUUGGCAGCUCACGGGACCCGAGAAAGGCUCUCUCUCAGCUCAAGCAGCGAUUACUGGCGUCCGGCAGAGCUGUUAGCAGCAGCGAGGCUACAACAGAUUACACAGAUCGCUCUGCUAUUCGGCGCUCAAUGCACACCUCAUUUCGUCACGACGCACCAGGGGUUCUCUCAGCACCGCUUUCACAACCGGACUUUCGUAACGCCCCUUCCAAUGUUACGACUGUCUCCGACGAAUCAUGGCAGCCGCCACCAUUAACAACCGCUUCUCAGCCCCCCAUACCGCUUCCUUCGCACAAUAUCGGACAUCGUCUGCUUGUCGCACAAGGAUGGGCGCCUGGCUCAGUUUUGGGUAUCCCGGAAGACGGCGAUGGAGAGAGAAUACGACUCAAUGCACCUCUCGAAGUCUCAGUUUCGGCGCACAGGGCAGGAAUAGGAAUGCCACAGCAGACUGAUAGCAGUAGAAUAGACAGUAGAUCAGUCAGUUGGCGAGAAGAGGGCCCACAGAGACGCUGGAAACAAUCAAAUGUAUUGAUGUCAUAA